AUGGCUCCUACAAAGCAGGAGCUCUCCCUGAUUAUCAACCCUCUCGUCCCAGAGGCUGUCCAGCAUAACAACCGAGUCCUCUCCUCCCUCCACAGCCUAACCUCCUUCCUCCUAGGCCUCAGUGCCGGAAUCCUCGCCCUCCAAUCUGCGGGCGGCUUUAUCUUCUACUUCGCCGGUACGGUCCUUGUUUCCGGCCUCUUCCACCUAGUCCUCAUCCAGCGCUCCGGUGGUGCGGGAGCAGGUGCUUUCUUCCCCGGUGCCGGUGGCGAGAUUGAUGGUAGUAUUGAGAUGGAUGCUAAGUCUGGUGUUGUGAGUAUGGAUCUUGGAGGGAGAAAGGAUCGGAGGCGCUUUGUGCUGAGGAAGGGGGCUUGGAGGGAUGUUUGGUUUGGAGGCGGUGUUGUUUCUGAGGCUUUGAGUGGAUUUGUGCUUGGGUGGGCUGGUGUGGGCGGUGUUCUGAGGUGA